AUGGAUGGCGGUGGUGUGGCGGUGGUGUGGCGGGUGGAUGAUGAUGACAAUGGUGCUGCUGAAGCAGCAGCUGUAGUAGUAGCGGCCUCUGCUGUAGUAGGGGCCGCAGCAGGUAUGGUGGGCUCGGUGUCCCAAGCUAAACCAUCAUUGUGGGAUCCACUUAUGAGAAAAAUUGCCUCUUCAAAUAGUGUAAAGGAGAUUCUGGAUGCUUUAAAAGAGGCAGUAGGAGUGCUACGUUCUAAAAGGAAGGAUUACCAAAAUGAAGUCGGGGGACACAAGAUAAAGGUACCAUCUGAAACUUAUAAGGAAUGGAUUCGUAGAGUGAUGGAGAUUGAAGAUCAAGUGGAUAAUUUAGUCGCCAAACAUGACAAAGAAAGCGAGAAGUCAUCUUUUAGCUUUUCUACAUCUUCAACUUUCAGAGAAUAUUUGGUAAAGAAGCAUGAACAAGUAAUCAAACUUCUCAAAGAGAGCAAUCAAAUCAGGGAUAAAUUGCUGAUUGACCAACCACAAGAACCUGUCGUGAAGAUGAGGGCACCAGAUAUCAAAAAAUUUGAGACGCUUCAAAAGUCUCUUGAGCAGGUGUUGGGAUUACUAAGAAAUGACAAAGUUAAGGGGAUUCAAAUCCAUGGAACUGUGGGGAUUGGAAAAACAACCAUAAUGCUGAACUUAAAUAACCAUGAUGAAGUUGCAAAAAUGUUUGAUAUAGUCAUCUGGGUGAAGGUUUCAACAGAAGGAAGCAAGGAGAAUCUGAGUAGAGAACAUUUGCAACAGGCUAUUCUGCGAACACUGAAACUAAAUAUAAAAGUGUCACGGCCUUGGAUUUUCCAAGCCAACCGUGCGGCCUUGGAUGCUUAUCAACCUACUUGGUUGCACCUAAGUCAGCCUUCCUUACUCGACCACACUAACUAA